UAUACCCGGCACUGGGCACGAAACUGCAGUCUUUGUACUUAAUCUUUUGACGAAAGAAUAGUGACUCUUCAGAUGAUGCAGUGAGCAACGUCGUCUACUUACUCCUCUGCAUCUCUUCCUGUCUCCACACUUCCGGCAAGAUUGAACACGGCUAGGUUUGAAUGAAUUUUUCCUAAUUUCCUUAAGGUGCACCUUUGACCUGGUCUGUGGUUUAGUCGAAGUGCACGCUUCUACAACUGAUCAUUUGAUUUAGUAGUGAAUAAUUUACUAUAUUAUAUACUGCGUUGCGAUCCUUAUAUGCUGUAUGAGGAUAACAUGGAGUCCACGCAGCUGCAGCAGAUUAUCGCUGUUGUUUUUCUGGUAAUAUUAUUUCCGUAUGUGACCAAGGGAUUCGCUUUGCGCUUGUUCGACCCGGAAAUGGGCAUUAAGCACAACAACGAUGCCGUCUACGCUGCCGUGCCUCCUCCGGCAACCACACGCAAGCCGUCAGUGACCACAAGACGCAUUAAAAUUCCCGCCAGUCUCAUGAACGGCUUUAUGCCGCGAUUUGUGCCUCCAAAUCGGCAAAUGCUGGAGUGCGCCACUUAUGCGGCGUGCAAGGAGAAAAUCAUAAAUUACCUUAAUAAUGCCACUCUGGAGCGAAGGAAGAGCCUACAGCUGGCGCUGCUACCCAUGAGUGUUAAACACCGUCGUUCCUGAUUGGGAUGAUUUUCCUGCUGGCUGUGUUAUUUUCUGUUCAGCUCUAUCUAGGCUAGCGCGUUUCUAAUAACUGUGCCGUACUUUACUCGUAAUCAGCACGCACCAUGUGAGCGGCUUCCAUGAAGAAUGUAAUAUUUUUAGUAAAAUCAUGGAAGAGCAUUAUUGAUAUUUGACCAAUAAUCUAUAUUAUUAUGCAAUGCUUGACGUCACAUGUGUGUAAAUUAACGUUGAAACGUUCAUACGCUUAGAUUUAAAUACAAAAUUUGUAACUGUACGGUAAACGUGAUGUCCUGUAUCAAAAUAAAAAGCUUAC